AGUCGACGAGAAUUCAUAUGUAUAUGAGGUAAGAGGAGGGCCAUCAAAAAAGUGUAAAAGGAGGAAGCUUUAUUGGUGAAGAACCAGGGGAGAGGAAAGGGAAGGUGGAGUGAGAAUAGGUGUUUGGGUGAAAGGAAAAUAGAGAGAGAAAUAUUAAAAUUAAUUGGAAUAAUGGGGAGAGGUAGGGUUGAGUUGAAGAGGAUUGAGAACAAGAUCAACAGGCAAGUGACCUUUGCAAAGAGAAGGAACGGACUAUUGAAGAAAGCCUAUGAGCUUUCCGUUCUUUGUGAUGCAGAGGUUGCUCUCAUCAUCUUCUCCAAUAGAGGAAAACUGUACGAGUUUUGCAGUAGUUCAAGCAUGCUCAAAAGCCUUGAGAGGUACCAGGAGUGCAACAAUGGAGCACCUGAGACAAAUGUGUCUGCAAGGGAGGCCUUGGAGCUAAGUAGCCAGCAGGAAUAUUUAAAGCUUAAAGCACGCUAUGAAGCCCUACAGAGAACCCAAAGGAAUCUUCUGGGAGAAGAUCUCGGUCCUCUAAACAGCAAGGAGCUUGAGUCACUUGAAAGGCAGCUGGAUAUGUCACUGAAGCAAAUCAGAUCAAUCCGGACUCAAUACAUGCUGGAUCAACUCACUGAUCUACAACAUAAGGAACACCUGCUUGGUGAAGCAAAUAAGAACUUGAAACAAAGGUUGGUGGAAGGAUACCAUGUACAUUCACUUCAACUGAAUCCAAGUGCAGAAGAUGUGGGCUAUGGAAGACAGCAAGCUCAACCUCAGGGAGAUGGCUUCUUUCACCCCCUGGACUGUGAGCCCACCCUUCAUAUUGGAUAUCCAACAGAUCCAAUAACAACUGCUGGACCAAGUGUGAGUAAUUACAUGGCAGGAUGGCUACUGUGAUCAUCAUAAGGAGAAACUUACUGUUCUCGACUUCGCGCGUAGCAAUUAAAAUUCUAAUUAAUAAUCUCAACUGUACCUUUAAAUAUUUAUGAUCGUUGGAUACAUGAAAAUAACACGACAGCCGUCCGUUCGAUUGAUAUUUGCGUAUAAUUUUAGAUAAAAGUUAGCGUGAUUAGUUGGUUCCCUACACUAACCGCAAUCCCACGCGCUUUUGACAGAGUGCGGUGAACGAACCAAAAAUAUCAUGUGACAGAUUUAUAUACGAUGGCUGCGUUUUGGUGAAC